CUUCCAACCCCCGCUCCAACACAAAUGAUUUAAUGCGCAAGGCACUAUUAUUGAUUUCCUAGCGUUUUAGCCAAAGAGGUUUUAGCGUUAGCAGCGUUAAGAUCUACACCUGAGAAUGGCCCACAACUACUUAGUUGAGGAAAUACAAUUACGCGCUGAGGAAAGGUGGAUUCUGGAAGCAUUAAAAAACGUUAGAAACCAAAGAAAUUGCCUUCAUAUUGAACGGCUACAAUUGGAGAGCCUGAAAGUUAAGCUCGAGAAGUUGUUACGACAGCCAGGAGACCCAAUGGCCACUCGAGAUCAGAGACCCAUGACAGCUGAAGACCUGCAACGGCAACAGCAGCAGCAAGAAAUCCCAUCUGUUCCUGAUAUGGACGACCCACAAACUUCUGGAACCAUUGCACCUGAUAUGUGCUUUGAUGAACAGGAGUGUAACCAAGUAGACCUUGACUUGGAUGUCCACCGACCUCCUGUGCUUGAUGAAGAAUAUUUACAAGCUGGGCCGUAUUAUGAAUCCGACGAAGACAGCGAUGAAGAUGACAGCGACCUACAGAAUCAAAGUGUUUUCCAAGAAAUGUUAUCUUGGAUGAUGACUGAAGUACAGCAGCUGAGUGAAAGAAACAAGAUCCGUUUACUUCAAACUUAUUACGCUGAUCCAAACUAUGUAGUUGAUGUCAGCGCUGGAAUCGCAGAAUUUGAGGAUAGAGAGUUUUUCUCUUGCAUCGUGUCGGAUCUGAUCCGGACGAGUAACCUUAAUAGGAUGCGUUUGCUAAAAGGACGUGGAAAUAGCGCCAGGGCUUAAGACGAGGAAAUUUUUAUCUUCAUACAGGAACAUAUGCUUCAGGGUGUCCCACGGCUAUGAGACACAGAGGGAAAGUAUUUUAAAUACUGUUAACCGACGAAAUGUAAAAAAAAAAUUUCUGUAUUUUUACGAUGCCGAUCGAAAGGUUCGAAAAACGAUUUAUUCCCAUAGUAUUAAUUUUACUUUUAGGAAAAUUAAUUAUAAUACGUUUUAUUGUCGAUAUUUGUACUUCAAGACCGGGCUCAUAACAGUCUUGAGAACAGCCGAAUCUCUUAAUGAUUGUUUUUUUUAACUGAUUCCCGUGCCGGGCGAAAUAUUUGUAUGGCCUACAUUUAUUGCUCUCGUCAGUUUGAUUGUAAUUUGUGGUUGUCUAUGUGUGUAUCCAUGGCACCCGCGACACAGGGUUUCCCUAGUGCGGGGCUAUGUUGAGUGUGUGUGUUAUUAUUAGAAUUCUUCCUGGAUCAAUACACAUCGCCUGUGAUAUCUCCAGACCUGACAGUAUCUUAUACGUGAUGCGUGAUAUGCGAUACGUGAAAGAUUUAACAAACAAGAAGCAAUUUAACAAUGUGGACUUAUAAACGGAAUUGUGGGGUAUUAUUUCGAAUAUUAGACUAGAAGCGCUGCAGUUGUGCCACUGUCGCGCUUAGGUACUUAUCAAAACGUUGAGAAUUUACUUAUAAGAAGAUGGAUCUCAUUUUGAACAUUUGAUAAAUUCAUUGCAAACACCAUAAUAUAUAGUAGGCAGUUUCGAGUUUGUUCUUUUUAAAAAAUUGUAUAAUUGAACGGUUAUUCUAUAGAUGCGCCUUUCCCAAAUACACAAAUGAGGGCGAACUUUUGAAGUUUUUUGAAUACUUACUUUUAAAAAUAAAAUAAUGUAUCCUUGAAGCAACUUACAUCAUCUACAACAUUUGAAGUAUUUUAUCGCCUUGUCGCAUAGCCGUUGGACGUCCUACAUAGAGUCGGACAUAGCUUUGAACUUGUUUUUUAUUUUAACGUCGCAAAUCUUAAGUAAUAUACUAUAUGUGAGCCAUGGCAAAAUCUUGUCUUAAGUAAUAGAUCCGUGGCAGCCUACCUUAGCAUAGUAAGCUAAAUCUGUGUUCGACUGUACAUCACCUUAUGUUUUUCAUUCCCAUAUCACACCCAACCAAUGAUCUUAUUUAAUGGCUAAAUUUAUUUUUUCCAAAAUAUACCCUUCCCUUUGUUCUUUAAUAAAACACAAAACGGCAUAAAGAACUGCUGCAAAUAAAUGGCAACGCUUAAAAGAGCUUUUUUCCUGUGCUUGUAUGUAUCAUCGAUUCACCGUUAGCAGGCAGACGUCUAUUGCUGAAGGUAUACCUCUCUGAUAUUAUGCAGUUCGCAACUAACGACUCCUAGUGGAGAGCCGUAAUAUAUUGCAGUACACUACACUGCGGAUCGUUAACUGUCAUAAAUCUACGCAGUGAGAACAACUUAUGUACUCUUAGGACUUAAAUUUAAUAUAAUACAAUAGUAACGUAAGACUACAGAAGUUUCACUGUUUUAGGAAAAUUCAUAUUUUGAAACGGCUGUUAUACCUCUCAAAAUUCAACCUGUCAUUCAAUUCAGUUGUUUAUUUAUUUCAUUUUAAUAUGAGGAUGUUUCAACAGCGUUAUUAAUUAUUUCGCUAUUAACUUAUCAACGUGUAGACAUAAUAAUAGACUAAGGUAUUUUUUAACUGUUAAAGUUUUUUAUUUAUUAAUUUUUAUCCGAGUUUUCGGCAAGGUACACCAAGCAAGACUGGAGUGGCAUUUAUCAAAACUGCAUGUGGAUACCGUCAUUACCUACUCUUAUUUAUAAUAAUAAUUGUUUGGGUUUAUGCAGUUGUACGCAGCGUAACAAAGAUACCGUCACAUAGGCUCGGAUCCAGCUGCCAUUUGUACAGUAAAUUGUAGGUUGUAGGUAAUGUUCGUUGUAUGUAUGUCAUUGAAAACACAGAGAUGGGUUGAGAGAAAGACAAAAUGAAAUGAGAAAAUUUUAAAAUUAAACUUAUAGAAAAGAAGACAGGAAUGUUACAUAGAGAGGCAAGAAAAUAAAAUGUAUGAGAGUGUGGGGAAAUGAGAAAAUGAAAACGUGUGAUAAUGAAAAGAAGCAUUUAUUUUUUUACGUUUAUGACUAUUUUUUAGGAGUAUGAGCAUAUAGUUAUUACUUGUUAGUAAGUGUUUAAUCAAAUACAAUUCAAUCUAUUAAUUAGCCUUAGUAAGAUUUUCAUCGCACUCCAGAUAUGUCACACAUUAGUUCGCGUAACCAGUUAGAAAGUAACUUUCAAACUAGUCACUUGUGCAAAACCUAAGAAGAGGGCAAACCAGUAAAUUGUAAUAGUAUGUAAGGCUAGAAACAAACUAACGAAUUCGCCUUAU